AUGCUUCUCAUACUGUCGACGUUGAUUGUAGCCGGUGAAUAUCCAACAGGGCUUGCUGAGUGGUUUGUGGUUUGCGAGAUGAGCGGGAAAUCUACUCAGCCGCCGGGCUUGGAGUCCAAUGCAUUGCUGUCUGCAGUCAAAGUGGGCGCCCUGAGUGGCUCUGCAGGACUCGUCUACGGAGGCAUUUCAGGCGUUAUUCGAUCUCAUCAUCCGGUAAUCCAUUCCAUUUCAUGCGGUAUCCACUGGACUGCCUGUGGAACCUCCUUCUGGUGGCUCAGAAAUGGUAUCUUGGACCUUCACUACCAAGGCGAUGCGACUCCGAGACAGCGUGCUUAUGUCAGCGCUCUUUCUGGCGGCAUUGCGGGCGGUGCGGUUACGAGAUUAAUGGGAGGUCGACUUAUUCCAGGGGCUGUGAUUUUUUCCAUGCUAGGCUUUGUCGGGCAAAGCUCGUACAAUGCGAUCGACACAUGGCAGAUGGAGCAUGCAGAUAACCCGUCGAAGCCAAUCAUCCAACGCAUAGCCGACUCUAAAUGGAUCCCUCUGAGGUCUCUUUCCGACGACGACUAUCGCGGCAUGCUCAGCGAAAAAUUGCUGAGUAUCGAGGCAGAAAUCAGCCUUAUCGACGACAAGAUCGCAGAACUUGAGAAAUCCAAAGCCGAUUCUGGAUUAACACCGAUGCCGGCCGAGCCUACGGACAGAUGA